GCCGGGACCGUUUCUAUUUAGCUCAAGGCCCGGGGGGGGGAGCGGGCGCCGGCACCGCAGCGGAGUCAGCGGACGGACGGGGCCGAGCCGCCGCGGUAGCGUGCCGCCGGGAGCAGCCGCCCCGGCCCCGCCGCAGCUGGAUAAGGCGCAGCGGGCUGGCCGCGCUGCCAGGGCUUCCCCUCGGCUCCCGCUCAGGAAGGGGCUGCGUGCUGGCCGCGGCGCCCAGGUUCAUGAUGUUGACAGCUAUGUUCUUGGCUGCUCUCAUUCUUAUUACAGUACAUUCACAGGAAACUGAGGAAACCAUAACGUACACGCAAUGCACAGAUGGCUAUGAAUGGGAUCCUGUUAGGCAACGGUGCAAAGAUAUUGAUGAAUGUGAAAUAGUCCCAGAUGCAUGUAAAGGUGGGAUGAAAUGUGUUAACCACUAUGGAGGAUACCUCUGUCUACCCAGAACAGCCCAAAUUAUUGUAAAUGAGCGAGAAGAAGCAGCAGCUGAAUCCACUAGUGGUCGAAACAACGUCAUUCGCCGGACUCCGGCUGACCCUCACCGUGCCCCUCCAAACCCAACUCAUCAAAUUCAGUGUGCAGCUGGGUAUGAGCAAAGUGAGCACAAUGUGUGCCAAGAUAUAGACGAAUGUGCUACAGGAACUCAUAACUGUAGAGCUGACCAAGUGUGUGUCAAUCUCAGAGGGUCCUUCAGCUGCCAGUGCCCUCCAGGUUAUCAGAAACGAGGGGAGCAAUGCAUUGAUGUAGACGAAUGCACCCUGCCUCCCUAUUGCCACCAUCGAUGCGUAAACACUCCUGGUUCCUAUUACUGCCAGUGCAAUGCUGGCUUCCAGCUGGCAUCCAACAACCACACCUGUGUAGACAUAAAUGAAUGUGAUGCCAAUAACCCCUGUGCGCAGCAGUGUUACAAUAUACUGGGUUCUUUCAUCUGUCAGUGUAACCCAGGAUUUGAGUUAAGCAGCGACAGAAUCAACUGUGAAGAUACUGAUGAAUGCAGAACUUCCAGUUAUAUAUGUCAAUAUCAAUGCGUGAACGAACCAGGAAAAUUCUCCUGCGUCUGCCCUGAAGGUUACCAGGUAGUAGGAGGCAGAACAUGUCAAGACAUAAAUGAGUGUGAGACCACUAAUGAAUGCAGAGAGGAUGAAAUUUGCUGGAAUUACCAUGGAGGAUUUCGUUGUUACCCAAUAAAUCCUUGUCAAGAGCCCUAUGUCCUCACAUCUGAGAACCGCUGCGUGUGCCCCGUAUCAAACACCAUCUGCCGGGAGCUGCCGUACUCCGUUGUGUACAAAUACAUGAGCAUCCGUUCAGACAGAACAGUGCCCUCUGAUAUCUUCCAGAUUCAGGCAACCACUAUUUAUCCUAAUACCAUUAACACAUUCCGGAUCAAGUCAGGAAAUGAAAAUGGAGAAUUUUACCUGAGACAAACAAGCGCCGUAAGUGCAAUGCUGGUACUGGUGAAAUCGCUAUCGGGGCCAAGAGAACACAUUGUGGACCUGGAGAUGCUAACAGUCAACAGUUUGAAUUACCGUACAAGCUCAGUGUUAAGAUUAACGAUAAUAGUGGGACCUUAUGCAUUUUAGUGGUUUUCAGUAACCCUUCACUGGCACUUAAAGCAGCCAAAGAAUAUUAUCUUAAAGAAAGCACUUACUAUUUUAUUUAUAGAUUUUACUCUUUUUUUUUUUUUUUUAUAUAUAUUUGUUUAGUAAGUUGGUAUCCUUAACCCACACAUUACACCUGUAAUUCAAAAUUAGUAGAUGUGUUCCAUAGUAUAACAUGGGCAUUGUCACUUUCUGUAUAAAGAUUUCAAUCUUUUUAUUACCUUACUUGGACUAGAUGCAUAGUACACUUUUGUAUGAGAACUGUAUGUUCAUACUAUCCUGUAAAACUACACACACCCUUCGUAGCCAAAUAGGUCACACAGUUAAGAGGUGAUCCUGAAUUGUUUCUGUUUAAAAUUCUAAUGCAGCUACACUGACAAUCUCAAAAGGAAAAAAAAAAAAUGUAUUAUGAAUGAUACACAAAGUAACGGUUAUCUGAUAUGCUAAAUAUAUUUCUUUUUAACUAACUUUAUAACAAGAGAUAACAGUUAGUAAGAAUCUAUUCCUGUAGACAUUUAUGUGCUAUCACUUGUUCUUUUCUGAUCUGGGCUGGGGGGUAAAGUUGCAUUGUGAGAAGUGUUUUGCAUCGGGUUUUUAUAUGCAGAUUGUGUUAACCGUACCAUGGAAUAACACUCUGCUCUCUCCAAGAGGAACAGACAGAAAAUGUAAGAACAUUUCUCCUACAAUGAACAACUCCAAAUGGAAAACCACCACACUGGGCGCACGCUUUCUCCGGAGAACACUGCUGGUAGUUACUGGUUAGAGGGAUACAGCAUUUUCAGACAGAAGUUAAUGUGCUGUUCUUCCAGAAAUAUUAUGUUGUAUACUACAAACCGAACGUAUUUGCUUAUUAAGUUAUAUCAUAUAUUUUCAAGCACUGUCCUAUUCUUGCUCUUACAACUCGGAUGUGUCGUGUACAGUGUUCAUAAAAUUUAUUUCUAAUGCAAGAACUAAUAGCAUCUUUUGUAAUAUGUAAAAUCUCAUUUCUUGUUUAAAACGUAGUAGCUAAUCCUUUGAUGUACAAAAUUUUUAAUAAAGUUCUCUUACCGUA